AUGAGCAGCAGCUCGAAUCAGUCCACUCGAACGAGUCCUGGCUCUUUCGGAACGACCCAGCGCACCGAGUCGGUUUCUUCUGGCUCGUCGCCCACACAACUCCCUCCUAAGGCGCCUGUGAGAAAUCAGCAUGCGAUGUCGACCGACGUGUACAGUCCAACCGUCUCGCAAGCGCCCAGCUCUCUAGCUCCUACUUUCAAUCACCCCUUCUCGCCUAUCGGCUCCUCUUCUUUCGACAGCGGAAUGCGCCUCGGUGAUUCCGACCGCAACCUCCAGGCCCUAAAUGGCCUGGGCCGCACCCCCAGCGGGAGCGGUGCGAUUUUGAUGCGCAAACUCCCGCGCAACACCAGUCGCGAAGCUCUUCGCAGUAUGCUCCUUUUCGCCAAGGAUUUCGUCGACGCCGAUUUCGUCAACUCCGACCAUCCAGAGGACGAUGGUUUUCUGAGCGCGAUCGCCCGUUUCAAUACCCUCCCCGCCGCCGAAGAAGCGCGCGCCCUCCUUGACGGCAAACCAAAUUCCAAAAACGACGCGAAAAUGGUGGUGGAGAUGUAUCCUGGCGCGGUCGGCUCCAACACGCGUCGCAACACGAUCGAUCACACCGCGACCCGUGGAUUGUUGCCUGGCUCGCGUCAAUCAUCGCGUUUCAAUGGUACCUUCCAAAGCCUGGAGAUUUCCAGACUCUCCAACCCAUCGAACCAACCCAUUGGCGAAGGCCUUCCCUCUGCAUCCGAAUCCGGUUCGCGUCUGCACAACCUCUUUUCCCCACAAUCUCCGAUCGGAAACGGCGUUGGCGAUCUUCCUCGAGUAACGGGCAAGUCCAUGAUCGAUGAGGACCCCGAUGAAGAGACAGGCGAGUUGCUCAAGGAUCCGGUGGGCUACGCGGAAAAUGGACAUUCAGCAUCUGUCUCGGCCCCGCCCAUGUCAUCACCGCCCCUCCCGAACUAUGCCUCUGGUGAUCCUCGGCAACGCAUGGGCAGCAACGGUCCUCAGUCUGCCUACCCUAGCUCAGCCACCCACAGCCAUGGUCACAGCUUCCCCUAUGGCAGCCAACAUACACCCCGUCAUAGCUUGCCUGCUGCGAAUCCCAACGACCUAAACCCACCAUGCAACACUCUCUACGUUGGUAAUCUGCCACCAGACACCUCGGAGGAAGAGCUGAAAGCCCUCUUCUCCAAACAGCGCGGUUAUAAGCGACUUUGUUUCCGUAACAAGCAGAAUGGCCCCAUGUGCUUCGUGGAAUUUGACGAGGUCGCCAUGGCCAGCAAAGCACUCAACGAGUUAUACGGAUACAAGCUGUCUAAUAGCGUCAAGACCGGCAUCCGCUUGAGUUUCUCCAAGAACCCCCUGGGCGUCCGUUCAGGCCAGCCCGGUAGCAUGAACGCAGGGAAUCCCCUCUCGGGACCGGGUGGAACUCCUACUGGCAGCAACCUAGGCAGCAUGCACAGCCAUAUGUUUUCCUCGGUUAGCGGCCCACCUCCCGGUCUGGCUGCACCCCCUGGUCUGGCGAUGCCUAUGCCACAGCGAAACGGUGGUGGCAACCCCAUCCACGGUCAGGGCCAGGGUCAGGGUCAGGGUCAGGGUCAAGGUCACCCUCACGCCAUGAUCGGUAACAAUAACUUCAAUCACAACUCGGGCCUAGGGAUCCGGACCAACGGAGGUAACUCAAUGAUGAUGUCGCCGCCGCCUAGUGGUACUCCCAACAACAACGCGGGACCGAAUAUGAACGGCUUCAAUACCUUCUACCCCGAUUACAUGAUGGGCCGUUGA